ACAAGUGUAAUCUCAUAUGUAACGCUUCCACACUCUGGUUCUUAUUAGCGUUGCUUAUCGUCAGAUUCCCGUGUCUGUGUAGAAUCAUCAGAUUCUUCGAAUACAUUUCGUCCAUGGCUUCUUCUCCUUCUGUUUUAGAGGAUCGCCCAGCUCCGCUCGAUGCCACAGCCGAUCCACCCGCUCUGUUCGACGGAACCACAAGAUUGUACACAAGCUACGGUUGUCCAUAUGCUCAACGUGUUUGGAUCACCAGAAACUUUAAGGGUCUGCAAAAAAAGAUUAAACUAGUUCCUUUAGAUCUUGGGAAUAGGCCUGCUUGGUACAAGGACAAAGUCUAUCCAGAAAACAAGGUGCCAGCACUUGAGCACUAUGGGAAAAUCAUAGGUGAGAGUCUUGAUCUGAUCAAGUAUCUCGAUAACAGUUUUGAGGGUCCUUCGCUUUUUUUCCCCGAGGAUCAAACAAAAAGAGAGUUUGGCGAAGAGUUGUUGAAGUACACUGAUACGUUCAUCAAGACUAUGUGGGCGUCCCUCAAAAGUGAUCCUUUUAAAGAAACUGCACCUGUGUUGGAUUAUCUGGAAAACUCUCUAUACAAGUUUGAUGACGGACCAUUCUUCCUCGGCCAGUUUAGCUUGGUUGAUAUCGCUUAUAUCCCCUUCAUUGAAAGGUUUCAAAUCGUACUCAACGAACUAUUCAAGUGUGAAAUUACUGCAGAACGUCCCAAACUAUCAGCUUGGAUCGAGGAAAUGAACAAGAUUGAUGCCUAUGCACAAACAAAGACCGACUCUAAGGAGAUUGUGGAGAUUUUCAAGAGAAAACUCAUGUAAGGAAGGAGCACUAAGCAGUAAAAGUGUAUGAACUAAGAUGUAUAAUUAAAGUCAGUCGUAAUAUUGUUAUCUAUCCAACACAAAGCGAAUAGUGUUGAAACUAUAUGAUAUAAUACAAUAAUUUGAGAGACUAAGAGCCUUUGACGGCUUCACAAAGUCUACUGUUAUGAUUCUA